GGCUUCACUCUGUUGAUGGUUCACUGUGAGAAUGGCAACUUUGAUGAUAUCCAAAAAAUGAUGACGAAGUGGUCGAAGAAGAGACUGAGGGAGGAACUUGACAAGACCAAUAAUGUAGGCAACUCAGCACUUUCCUUAGCAGUUAAAAAUAAUUAUCACUCUAUUGCUCAGUACCUCAUAGACUAUGGCUCUGAUGUUAAUGGGAAGACGAAUAAUUCAAAGCAGCCAAUUUUGUUCAUACCGUGCUGGAAAAAUGAUCUACAAAUGGUCAAGAUUUUACUGGACGCUGACGCUGAUAUUAAUUUCCAGGAUUCAAGAGGCUGGACUGCCCUAAUGAUAGCAUCUGCUCAAGGGUUUGAGGAUAUGGUUGAGUAUUUGAUAAGCAGAAACGCCAAAACUGAGCUCAAAGAUAAGUAUGGUAAGAGAGCUGUUGAUAAAGCCAAAUCCCAAGGAAUCUUUUAUAUGCUCUCCUCAGCUGCAAUUGAUCAGAGAAUGAUGCAGUCUAAUGACCAAGUUAAUCAGAUAAUUCCUGAUUCAGAGCUAGAAUCUUUUGAUAAAUCAAAUUUCCAGACUGAACCAGAGAAAUAUCCUGGUUGUGGCUCUGUAAAGAAGGAAUUAUUCAACAGCACAAUGCCAAAGCAGAAAUCUGCUAAUAGGAUGUCUAGGAGUCGGAGCAAGACUCCUUCCAGAGUCUCAAGGACACCAACCAGAGUGCAGAGCCAGGUGACACCAAAGUCGAAUUUCAAGGUUAAGAAAUCCAACAAGAAAGACACUAUCAUGAAAGUGAUAUAUAACAGCAUCAAGCGUAAUGAAGAUCGGAUGAAUCUGGCUCAGAAGAGCAUCUUCUCUACUCUGGUUCAGGAAGAAGUCAUGGAUUCGACAAGUGGUAUCUUCGAGAAACUCAACCGAGCCAUUGUAACUUACAACGAGAAAAUUAAGAAAGAGCUAGUCAAUCAUGUUAAUUUGAAACUUAAAAUUGCCUGUAUUGAGAGAGGAGUCUUUAACAAGGAAGAUUUUGAUAAAAACAUCGGCCUAAACGUGCUUACUUUGGCAGAUAUCAAAAAUGUUCCUAAUAUCACUCAAAAAGCCUUCAAAAUCAGCAAGAAGGAGCAAACCAAGAUUGAAGAGUUUUUGAAGAUGCCUUCAGAAGUAACUCCUAAGAAUAGGACUAAAUAUGAUUUAAAGCAAGAUAGGAGCCCUUUGAAUCGAGACUUGAAUGAGGACUCCUCUGGGAAUGAUCUCAGGCAACAACUAGUCGCCAUGAUAUCUGAUAAAAUUAAUCAAGUCGAAGAUAAUAAUGUUAAGAACUGUGCAGGGUUGAUCAAGGAUAUUGUUGCUGAUAAGAUAUCCAAACUCCAGAAUAUUCUAGAAGAGAACAUGGAUAGAACAAUAAAGGAAAUUCAAAGAGGGUAUGAGAAAAGAUUCUCCCACUUAAUAGAGGAGAAAUGUAAUUUUCUAUUCACUCAGAACCGGAAAGCCAUCAAAAAUAUGAUGAAAGAGAAACCUGAAUCACCUCGUGAGCAGCCAUCAUUCAAAAGAGUGAAUCAGUCUGCUUCAAAGUCUCCUAGUUUGAAGGAGAAUACUAAGGAAAAGUUGCCAAGUGGGAGGCCUAAGGAGAUUUCAUUUAAUGCGCCAUUGAAGAAGAUGAGAUCUUCUUCCAAAAAAUCAUCCAAGUCAGGCAAGAAAUCAAGGAAAUAUAAGUUCUCAAAUAGCCAUUAUGACAUCCCAAGAAUGAGAAUGCAAAUCCAAGAUGAGAAGGAAGAAAAUGAGUACACAGAAGAGAGACCACUUAACAUCCUUAGUGAGAAUGGAAGUGUUAACAAUGAGAUUCCUUUUACAAAUAUUAAUUAUUUCUCAGGGGGAGCUGAUGAUAAUCCAUCUUCUGAGAGAUUCCCUUUGCCUAAGCCUCCAAGAGAUACGAAAGUAGAGCCGAUUAUUGAGCAUGAGUUUAAAGAGCAUGAUUUUGAACAAGCUCUGCCAGACUUUAAACGUCCUAAGGAGGGACAGAAGAAAAGUUCCGUGCAAGCACAUGUGAUUCCUGCUCAUAGCUUAGCAAUUCCAGAAAAAGAAGAAGAGAAUCCUCCUACUAACCUAGGCUACAAUUUUGAUGAGCUUGAUUUUCAUGAAGAUAAUAACACAGAACAGGAAGAAUACCGUCUUGGAAAGCAGAAGUUCCGGUCAAAGAAGAUGCAGGAGUUGUCUCAGAAAUAUUCUGAAUCUAACCUCUCAAAUUAA